UCAUCACAACCGGAGAAGAAAUAUUUCUGUUUUUCAAAGAAUUAUUGCCUCUGGCUCCAGGUUCAGUUGAAGCAGGUGUUCUGAUUUGCUCGGCUAUAUCUCACUCCCGGUCACCUUGUGUUGAUUUGUUGAAGUGUUGACAGUGGGCGGGGCAUGAACUCUCAAAUCGCAGUCAAGUGGUUAUUGUCUUAAUGUCUGAUAAAAGAGAAAACACAUGAAAAACCAGAAAUGCUGCAAUAAGUCAAAAAAAAAACAUCAGAAAUGGUUUCCAAAAAAGUGGAAAUGUUUUAGAAGGACACUUCACUUUUAUUCUAAAUAACUAGUAAAAGGUAAGUAGCUCUUUAAAUGGUUUUGUUUAUAUCAGCUUUACCAUGACGUGCUCCAUGGAUCAGAGUGUGAUCUGAUAAAAAUCUGGGUGUGUAGGUGUGUAUUUAUUACCUGUCCACAGUUACUGCCCUUUGCCCUCUGCACAAUAAAAAGGUAGGAGGUGCCCGUGAAGGUGAAACUCAACGUCUCCCUUUUGUGUCGAGAGAAAAUAAACCAUUUCAGGAGUAAAAACACAGGUUUGAUUUAACACACCGAUGUUGGAGUGAAGUAAACGUGUGUCCUGCUGUAAUCUGGAGAAGGAGACAUGACCUCCAACAUGAGUGUGUCUGGAAAACAGGACUUAAAGAAAGACGAGAGAAUGAUGGAGGGAAAGAGAUCAGACUCACCAGAACCUAGCUGUGUGUCCUUAAAGAGUGACCGGUCAAUGGAUCAUCCACUUAAGUUCAGAGACGGAGCCAGUUCUCCUGAUGUGAGACCACAACAGAAGAAAUCAAACCUCAGCAGAAAUCAGUUGGACUCCAUAUUCAAGGAGCUGGAACACAAAGUCAUCACUCUGAUAAAGAAUGAGCUGAAGAGGUUUAGGAAGCUCCUGAGUCCAGAUUACCCAGCAUGCACUGAGAGGGAGGUGGAGGAUGAGGCGGAUCUGCACAGUGUCAGAGAGGGAGCGCUGAAGAUCACACUGCACGUCCUGAAGAACAUGAACCACACAGAUCUCGCUAACACACUGCAGAACAAGUCUUUGACGUCUGUGUACCAGCCAAAGCUGAAAUCCAACCUGAGAGAGAAGUUCAAAAGAAUUAAUGAAGGAAUCUCACAGCAUGGAAGCUCAGCACUUCUGAAUGAGAUCUACACAGAGCUCUACAUCACAGAGGGUUGGAGUGGAGACAUCAAUAAUCAACAUGAGGUGAGACAGAUUGAGACAGCGUCCAGGAGACCAGCAACACAGGAGACACCCAUCAAAUGUAAUGAGUUCUUUAAAGACAAGUCCAUCAGAAGUGUUCUGACUAAAGGAGUUGCUGGAAUUGGAAAAACAGUCUCUGUGCAGAAGUUCAUUCUGGACUGGGCUGAAGGAAAAGCAAAUCAGGACGUCACCUUCAUGUUUCCACUUCCCUUUAGAGAGCUGAAUCUGAUGAAGCAGGAAAAUCUCAGUCUGGUGAAUCUUCUUCAUCACUUUUUCCCAGAAAUAACAAAAAUAAAAUUAAUAGACUGUGACUCCUACAAAGUGGUGUUCAUCUUUGAUGGUCUGGAUGAGUGUCGACUUCCUCUAAAUUUCCAGAACAAUGCGAGAUUGUGUGAUGUGACAGAGUCAGCCUCAGUGGAUGUGCUGCUGACGAACCUCAUCAAGGGGAAUCUGCUUCCCUCUGCUCUCCUCUGGAUAACCUCUCGACCAGGAGCAGCCAAUCAGAUCCCUCCUGAGUGUGUAGACCUGGUAACAGAGGUACGAGGGUUCAGUGAUCCUCAGAAAGAGGAGUACUUCAGGAAGAGGAUCAGUGAUCGGAGCCUGGCCAAUAAAAUCAUCUCACACAUGAAGUCUUCAAGAAGCUUCUACAUCAUGUGCCACAUCCCAGUCUUCUGCUGGAUCUCAGCCACUGUUCUCGAGAGAAUGUUGGGUGAAGCAGAGAGUGGAGAGAUCCCCAAGACACUGACUCAAAUGUUCACACACUUUCUGAUAUUUCAGAUCAAACACAAGCAACAGAAGUACCAUCAGAAAUGUGACCCUGAUCCUCAGCAGAUCAGAGAGAGUAUCCUGGCACUGGGAAAACUGGCUUUCCAACAGCUGGAGACAGGAAACCUGAUCUUCUAUGAGGAAGACCUGAGAGAGUGUGGCAUUGAUGUCAGAGAAGCGUCAGUGUACUCAGGAGUGUGUACCCAAAUCUUCAGAGAGGAGUUUGGGCUUCACCUGGGGAAGGUGUUCAGCUUUGUACAUCUGAGUGUUCUGGAGUUUCUGGCUGCUUUAUAUGUCUUUCUGUCUUUCAUCAGCAGAAAUGUAACAGAGCAGCAAACCACUGAUCUGUCUUAUCUUCUCAACAAGACAAACAUGUCUGAUCUCCUCAGGAGUGCAGUGGACAAGGCCUUACAGAGUGAGAAUGGACACCUGGACUUGUUCCUCCGCUUCCUUCUGGGUCUCUCACUGGAGUCCAAUCAGACUCUCUUACGAGGCUUAAUGCCACAGACAGGAAGCAGCUCUCACAGCAAACAGGAAAUAGUUGAGUACAUCAAGGAGAAGAUCAGGGAUAAUCCAUCUCCAGAGAAAUCCAUCAAUCUGUUCCACUGUCUGAAUGAACUGAAUGAUCAUUCUCUGGUGCAGGAAGUACAAACUUACCUGAACAGAGGAGGUUACAGUCGUCUCAGUGGAGCCAGACUCUCUCCUGCUCAGUGGUCAGCUCUGGUGUUUGUGUUACUGAACUCAGAACAGGAGCUGGAUGUGUUUGAUUUGAGGAAAUAUGACCUAUCAAACAAAUGUCUUAUGAAGCUACUGCCAGUGGUCAAAGCCUCCAGGAAAGCUGACCUGCGUUUGUGUAAUCUGACAGAGGAAAGCUGUAGAGGUCUGUCCUCAGUUCUCAGCUCAAACUCCUCCAGUUUGAGAGAACUGAACCUGAGUGGAAAUAAACUGCAGGAUUCAGGAGUGAAGCUGCUCUCUGCUGGACUGGAGAAUCCACACUGUACACUGGAGAUACUGAGGCUGCGUGUGUGUAAUCUGACAGAAGAAAGCUGUAGAGUUCUGUCCUCAAUUCUCAACUCAAACUCAUCAAGACUGAAAGAACUGAACCUGAGUGAGAAUAAACUGCAGGAUUCAGGAGUAAAGCUGCUCUUUGCUGGACUGGAGAAUCCACACUGUACACUGGAGAUACUGAGGCUGUGGGGGUGUAAUCUGACAGAGGAAAGCUGUAGAGUUCUAUCCUUGGUUCUCAGCUCAAACUCCUCAAGUCUGAGAGAACUGAACCUGAGUAACAACAACCUGCAGGAUUCAGGAGUGAAGCUGCUCUCUGCUGGACUGGAGAAUCCACACUGUACACUGGAGAUACUGAGGAUGUGUAACUGCAGUAUUACAGAUGAAGGCUGUGCUGCUCUGGCUUCAGCUCUCAGGGCAAACUCCUCAUCACACCUGAGAGAACUGAAUCUGUACGAUAAUAAUCCAGGAGAAUCAGGAGUGAAGCUGCUCUCUGAUCUACUGAAGGAUCCACACUGUAACCUGGAGCAUUUAGUCGUAUUUCCUCACCAGGACUGGUCUGUAGGGGUGGUGAGGGGGGAAACCCUAUCAAGUGUAUCAGUUGGUCAAUCUGGCUCCUUUGUGUCUGGGGGUGUUGUGGAGAGGUGUGUGUGGGGGAAUAGUCCCCGUCCCAACAAAAGAAUGAUGGAGGGAAAGAGAUCAGACUCACCAGAACCCAGCUGUGUCUCUAUGAAGAGUGACUGGUCAAUGGAAGAGCCAUUUAACUUCAGAGACAGAGACAGUCCUACUGAUGUGAGACCACAAAAGAAGAAAUCAAGCAUCAGCAGAAAUCAGUUGGACUCCAUAUUUACGGCGCUGGAACACACAGUCAUCACUCUGAUAAAAAAUGAGCUGAAGAGGUUUAGGAAGCUCCUGAGUCCAGAUUACCCAGCAUGCACUGAGAGGGAGGUGGAGGAUGAGGAGGAUCUGCACAGUGUCAGAGAGGGAGUGCUGAAGAUCACACUGCACGUCCUGAAGAACAUGAACCACACAGAUCUCGCUAACACACUGCAGAACAAAUCUGUGGUCUCUGUGUAUCAGCUGACGUUGAAAUCCUGCCUAAGGGAGAAGUUUAAAAGAAUUAAUGAAGGAAUCUCACAGCAUGGAAGCUCAGCACUUCUGAAUGAGAUCUACACAGAGCUCUACAUCACAGAAGGUUGGAGUGGAGACAUCAAUAAUGAACAUGAGGUGAGACAGAUUGAGACAGCUUCCAGGAGACCAGCAACACAGGAGACACCCAUCAAAUGUAAUGACCUCUUCAAAGACAAGUCCAUCAGAAGUGUGCUGACUAAAGGAGUUGCUGGAAUUGGAAAAACAGUCUCUGUGCAGAAGUUCAUUCUGGACUGGGCUGAAGGAAAAGCAAAUCAGGACAUCGCCUUCAUGUUUCCACUUCCCUUUAGAGAGCUCAAUCUGAUGAAGCAGGAAAAUCUCAGUCUGGUGAAUCUUCUUCAUCACUUUUUCCCAGAAAUGAAAAAGCUACAAUUAAUAGACUAUGACUCUCACAAAGUGGUGUUGAUCUUUGAUGGUCUGGAUGAGUGUCGACUUCCUCUAAAUUUCCAGAAAAAUGCGAGAUUGUGUGAUGUGACAGAGUCAGCCUCAGUGGAUGUGCUGCUGACAAACCUCAUCAAGGGGAAUCUGCUUCCCUCUGCUCUCCUCUGGAUAACCUCUCGACCAGGAGCAGCCAAUCAGAUCCCUCCUGAGUGUGUAGACCAGGUAACAGAGGUACGAGGGUUCAGUGAUCCUCAGAAAGAGGAGUACUUCAAGAAGAGGAUCAGUGAUCAGAGCCUGGCCAAUAAAAUCAUCUCACACACAAAGUCUUCAAGAAGCCUCCACAUAAUGUGCCACAUCCCAGUCUUCUGUUGGAUUUCAGCCACUGUUCUAGAAAGAAUGUUGGGUGAAGCAGAAAGUGAAGAGAUCCCCAAGACUCUCACUCAAAUGUUCACACACUUCCUGAUAUUUCAGAUCAAACACAAGGAACAAAAGUACCAUCAGAAAUAUGAUCCUGAUCCUCGGCAAACCAGAGAGAGUAUCCUGGCACUGGGAAAACUGGCUUUCCAACAGCUGGAGAAAGGAAACCUGAUCUUCUAUGAGGGAGACCUGAGAGAGUGUGGCAUUGAUGUCAGAGAAGCGUCAGUGUACUCAGGAGUGUGUACCCAAAUCUUCAGAGAGGAGUUUGGGCUUCACCUGGGGAAGGUGUUCAGCUUUGUACAUCUGAGUGUUCAGGAGUUUCUGGCUGCAUUAUAUGUCUUUCUGUCUUUCAUCUUCAAAAAGAGAAAUGUGUUAAUGGAGCAAAACCCUAGAAUUUUAAAGUUCUUGAGAAAUCCAAACAUGUCUGAUUUCCACAGGAGUGCAUUGGACAAGGUCUUACAGAGUGAGAAUGGACACCUGGACCUGUUCCUCCGCUUCCUUCUGGGUCUCUCACUGGAGUCCAAUCAGACUCUUUUACGAGGCUUAAUGCCCCAGACAGGAAGCAGCUCUCACAGCAAACAGGAAACAGUCGAGUACAUCAAGGAGAAGAUCAGGGAGAAUCCAUCUCCAGAGAAAUCCAUCAAUCUGUUCCACUGUCUGAAUGAACUGAAUGAUCAUUCUCUGGUGCAGGAAGUACAAACUUACCUGAACAAAAAAGAUCACAGGUGCCUCAGUGGAACCAGACUCUCUCCUGCUCAGUGGUCAGCUCUGGUGUUUGUGUUACUGAACUCAGAACAGGAGCUGGAUGUGUUUAAUUUGAGUAAAUAUGACCCAUCAGAUGAAUGUCUUCUGAGGCUGCUGCCAGUGGUCAAAGCCUCCAGAAAAGCUGAACUGCGUGUGUGUAAUCUGACAGAGGAAAGCUGUAGAGUUCUGUCCUCAGUUCUCAGCUUAAACUCCUCCAGUCUGAGAGAACUCGACCUGAGUUACAAUAAACUGCAGGAUUCAGGAGUGAAGCUGCUCUCUGCUGGACUGGAGAAUCCACACUGUACACUGGAGACACUCAGUCUGUCUAAGUGUAAUCUGACAGAGGAAAGCUGUAGAGUUCUAUCCCUAGUUCUCAGCUCAAACUCCUCUAGUCUGAGAGAACUGGACUUGAGUUACAAUAAACUGCAGAAUUCAGGAGUGAAGCUGCUCUCUGCUGGACUGGAGAAUCCACAAUGUACACUGGAGAUACUGAGGAUAUGUGGGUGCAAACUGACAGAGGACAGCUGUAGAAUUCUGUCCUCAGUUCUCAGCUCAAAUUCCUCCAGACUGAGAGAACUGGACUUGAGUAACAAUAAACUGCAGGAUUCAGGAGUGAAGCUGUUCUCUGCUGGACUGCAGAAUCCACACUGUACACUGGAGAUACUGAGGAUGUGGGGUUGCAGCAUUACAGAUGAAGGCUGUGCUGCUCUGGCUUCAGCUCUGAGGUCAAACUCCUCAUCACACCUGAGAGAACUGAAUCUGAACGGUAAUAAUUCAGGAGAACCAGGAGUGAAGCUGCUCUCUGAUCUACUGAAGGAUCCACACUGUAAACUGGAGACACUACAAAUUUAGUCGUUUCCUCACCAGGACUGGCGUAUGACAGGAGUCUCACCUCAAACCUAUUUUCCAGGAUAAAGCAGUUUUGGUAAAGCAUUAGAACCUGUCCCACAUUUCCAGCAGUUUGGGAGCUGAAUCGUUUAUAUUCAGAUGCAGAAGUACCAUAAAA